CUCCUUUUUUUUUUUUUUUUUUUUUUUUGGUGAACUAGCCUCUCCUUCGUAGUGUAGAGUGGAUUGUGGAUAUCGUAAUUCGUAAACAUCGUUACCUCGUCCAUGCAACACGGCUGCUGUACAUCGCCGUAUCUUUUCUAUGCCUCAUACUUUCGCACAUUUAUAUAGGUUGAUAUUGGAGAAUAUUUGGUGGCUUGAUUCGUGACCAAUCUCGGGCUAUUUUGGCUGAAAUUGAUCUAAUUAACUUUUAGGGGACUUCACUUUUGUUGUUAUAGGUUUUUGAAGCGGGGAGAUGGGUUCAGUAGUUUCUGAGAAAAAGCCAUUGGAAAAUGGGGAUUGUUCUUUGCUGAUGUCCCCGCCAAGAUAUAAGAAGCGGAAAAUCUCGGCAAUUCGUGAUUUUCCCGAUGGAUGUGGCCCACAUGCUGCUGGGAUUAGCGAUCAAAUGAAAGAUGUGGAAAGCAGUAGGCAAAAAGAGGGUGGUAAUUUGGAAUAUGUAGAGAGUAGCGGGGAUAAGGGUAGAGAUCUUUGUGAAGUUGUGAAGGGAAUAUAUCCAGAAGAAAACGUCGAGUCACUAAAUCCCCAUAUCCCUGUGUUCCCAAAUGGUGCUGAUUUUGAAAGAUCUACGGUGAAAAAUGACAUGGUGGAGCGUGGAAAUGAAGAGUUUCUGAAGCUGCCAGCUGAGAAUCCUAAAUUACCUGAAGUCUUGUUCACCAUGGAUGAGGAAUCGGAACCAAAAAAUGGAAUCCAAGAAACACCAAAAGAUGUAUCCGAAAAGAGGGUAAAGUCACCUAGUUCACAGAAGGAUACUAGUGUUCUUGAUUUCAAAGAGGCUACGCAGGCUAGUGAUAGCAAAAUGGUGGAUGAGGGAACUAGUAGACAGUCGUGUUCACUACCACAUUAUUCGCUCCCUCCAGAUCUUGUUUGGAAGGAACAUAAAUAUCCCCCUCGAAAAAGAGUUUCUGCUGUUCGUGAUUUCCCCGUUGGUUGUGGGCGUAAUGUGCCAAGGCUUGGUGAUACAGAGGGCAAAGAUACUGUUCAAUUGGAAGAUUCUAGGAUUGACAAAGCUCUUCUGCUGACGGAUGAAAAUCUAAUUGCAGGAGUUUGUGAAGCUGACAGUGUCUGUAAGGACAAUGUGCAAGACCUUGUUUCUGGAAAAGGCAGGGAUACACGUGAACAUUAUUCUGAGUCUGAUAAAACUUCUCUAUUAAACAAAUCAUAUGAGAUUAAGGAACAAGAUAAAACUUCUGAAGAUAAAAAUAGUGAACAGCAUGGAAAGGAAAUUGAACAAUCAGAAUAUGAUGAAAAAGAUGAGAGAGAUUCAGAGAACUUUCUUGAUGGACUAAUCAAAGAUAUUAUGGUUUAUGUUAAGGAUAAGGAUAAGGAUAAGGGUAAGAGUAAGAAUAAAAGUUUAGUUGUUGUUCCCUGUAGCAAUGUUGUAUUGCAAGAAGAAAGCACCAUGGGCAUUGGAAGUGGAAAUGAUAUGGUCAUUGUACAAGGUCUUAUGUCUGAACUUCACUGCCCAUGGAGGCAGGGAAAAGGGACAGUUAAAGCGACAUCAACUGUAGCCACACCAGCUGUGGCUAGUGUAAGGAAAAAGAAGGUAAGAAAGUAUGAGUCUUCUGGCCAAGAUACACGCAAGUGCUCACCUAAUAAAAGCAAAGGUGAUACCAGUAACAUGGCAGAAAAAAGUAUGAUGAUGGUACCUUAUGUCGAGAAAGACGUAGAUGAGGAUGCUAGGCCACUGGAUGUUGUCGAUGAUGACGAACUUUCUGAGAAUGAUGAAUCUAAUGAUUACCUGUUGCUUCCUAGAGGGCGUAUUUUUGAUGUCAGCCUUCCUCCUUUUGAGGCUAGUUCUUCAAGUGAGCGAGGUAUUCGUAGUAAGGUACGAGAGACAUUACGAUUAUUCCAGGUUAUUCACAGAAAGCUAUUGCAAGAAGAAGAAACAAAGUCAAAAAACCAAGAGAACGCCAGUAAGAGGACUGAUUUACGAGCUGCAAAGGUCCUCAAGGAUCGUGGAAAAUAUGUCAACACAGGGAAAGUAAUAGGACCUGUCCCUGGUGUUGAAAUAGGCGAUAUAUUUAACUACCGCAUAGAACUUUCAAUAAUAGGGCUUCAUGGACCUCUCCAAGGUGGUAUAGAUACAACCAAAGUAGAUAAACAAGCUGUUGCCAUCAGCAUUGUGGCUUCAGGAGGUUAUGCUAAUGAUGUGGACAGCUCUGAUGUGUUGAUAUAUACCGGUCAGGGAGGAAAUGCAACAGGUGGAGAUAAGCAGCCUGAAGAUCAGAAGCUGGAACGAGGGAAUUUAGCAUUGAAGAACUGCAUAGAUAGAAAGACUUUGGUGAGGGUUAUUCGAGGGUUUAAAGAGACAAAACCUUCAGAUACUCCUGAUGGAAGAUCAAAAACAAUUGCAACAUACACUUAUGAUGGACUAUACACUGUUGAAAAAUACUGGCAUGAUCUUGGACCCCAUGGAAAAUUGGUCUACAAAUUCGAGCUGAGAAGAGUUCCAGGUCAGCCAGAGCUUGCUUGGAAGGAAGUGAAACAAUCCAAGAAACAUAAGGCACGUGAGGGUCGUUGUAUUGCUGAUAUUUCGGAAGGAAAAGAGGACGUCCCAAUAUGUGCAGUCAACACCAUAGAUGACGAGAAACCCGCACCAUUUAAUUAUAUUACUAGUGUGAUGUACCCUGAUUGGUGUCAGCCUAUACCUCCAAAGGGUUGUGAUUGUAAGAAUGGCUGUUCAGAUUCAGAGCGUUGUGCUUGUGCAGUGAAGAAUGGAGGGGACAUUCCAUUCAAUUACAAUGGCGCUAUUGUUCAAGCAAAGCCCCUUGUAUAUGAAUGUGGCCCAUUGUGUAAGUGCCCUCCAUCUUGUCACAAUAGAGUCAGCCAACUUGGUAUCAAACUUCCGCUUGAGGUCUUCAAGACCGACUCUAGAGGGUGGGGUGUUAGAUGUCUAUCUGCGAUUCCAUCUGGUAGCUUCAUAUGUGAAUAUAUAGGAGAGUUGCUGGAUGACAAAGAAGCUGAACAAAGAACUGGAAAUGAUGAGUAUUUAUUUGAUAUUGGGCAGAACUAUAAUGAUACUAGUCUUUGGGAUGGACUUUCAGCUCUCUUGCCUGAAAUGACAUCAGCUACUGAUGACGUGAUAGAAAAUAUUGGUUUUACCAUUGACGCAGUGAGGUACGGAAACAUCGGGAGGUUUAUCAAUCAUAGCUGCUCUCCUAACCUUUAUGCACAGAAUGUCCUCUACGAUCACGAAGACAAGAGAAUUCCGCAUAUAAUGUUUUUUGCUGCAGAGAAUAUUCCUCCUCUGCAAGAGCUUACGUAUCAUUACAAUUACACUAUAGAUCAAGUUUUUGACUCUCUAGGAAAUAUCAAGAAAAAGAGUUGCCACUGUGGCUCAAUGGAAUGCAGUGGUCGGAUGUAUUGAUGAACUCCUCCAACUUGCCUUUUCACUUGGAUGUAGUGCGGAGCAACAAUAGGUCUUCUAAAUAUUAUAUGAAUCUUAGGACUUGGCAAAGGGAGGAGUACACUAAAAAUGUGAGAAGAUUAGACAAGUUAACAAAGAGCUCACUUGGAACAUCCUCUAAUUGGUUUAUGGUGCAUUCUGGGACGAUCUUUUCCAGUAAAGGUUGUAUGUACAAAUUCCCGUGAGUUUUAAUCUGCAUCUUUUAGUUUGUAGCGUUGUAAAAAAUGUAGUGUAUGCUUUCCUUGUGUAGUUUUGACCUUUUGUCCUUUGUUGGAAGAGGAUGAACUUGUCAAACACCCAGUCCUAAACUUGCAACUGUAUAGUAUAACUAAAAUGCGUGUGAGGUGUCAUCUCCCAUACAAGUGUGUUGUUAUGUUAAGAAGUUGAUUGAGGAAAUCGUUUGCGGCAAUUCGCCUCCCCGGUGGUUCAUUGGGUCCCUCUUCCCUCUUAUGUAGUGAAGAUUAAUGUUGAUGGGGGGUGCUGCCGAGGUGGGGGUAGGUUUUGGGGUUGUGUUGAGAUGUUCAGAAGGCUCCUUGUUGGGAUGUGCUAUUUUGCAAACCGCUCAUAAGUUGGAUACAAAAUGCCUUGAAGCGAGUAUUAUUCUCUAUGGUAUGAACUAUGAAGAUUGCCUUGGAGUUUGGCUUCAGCAACGAAGAAGGUCUUAGUACUUUUCAUGUACUGUUGAUGACAUUUUAGAUCUUGCUACUAGUUUUAUUUCUAUUUUUUGGUCUUUUGUCGGUAGGAUUGGUAAUAAGGUGGCUCAUGCUCUGGCUCAUCUCCCUCCUUUGGACUUAGGUAGUAGAGUCUGGAGCUCUGACUUCCACCUUCUAUUGUUUUUUGGUCGGCUGCUGAUUUGCAGGUUAAUGAUAAUGUUCAGCUGUUCCUUGAGAGUCCCUUGAAAAAAAUACAUGUGUAAAUGUUGCUAUCACAUGGAUCUUUUGAAAAAUUGUAGACAAAUAAUCCAACAUUUUCUUUAGUUUGCAAUAAUGAUUCCAUCAUUGGAAUUAUAUGUAAUUCAAUUUCACUAUUGUAUAUAAUGACCAAUUUUGCCAAAUUGGUAAUGCAAUAUAAA